GGCCCACGUGAUGGGCACGCCGAGAAUAUGUUUCCACGUGACAGGGAGGCCGGCUGAGGCAGCGCGUUGGGCUGCGUUUGUGUAGUAUAACCGUGGUAAUCGGAGGUUUUUAAGAUUGCCGCUUUUCUUCUGUACAAGGGGAAAGGAGGAGACAUAUAAAGCGGAAAAGACUUCCUACUCAGUGUUUUAAAUGUUCACUACUCUGUUAGUGAAGUGUUUUUUAAGUUCCGAAAUACUGAUUUUUUUUCUGUACCGCCAUGUUAGAGGAAGCUCGCGAGAUGCGAGUGUGUUUGUAUCGCGAGAUCUCUCGAUUCUCGCGGGACCUCGUUGGCAGAGCAGUUGUCCUGGAUGGCGGAGCCUUGGGUUCCGGGGGCCUGGGACCCGCAACUCUUUCUACAAGGCAAGUCGUUAGGGAGGGGCCCGGGGCGAGUGCCUCUUGGUGCCGGGAUACGUGCUAUAUCAGCUUCCUAUAGUCUUGAAGGGAAUACAGUAACCCCAUUGAGGCAACACUGCCCUCCCCAUCCCCCUGCGGGCGCUCCGCCACCUGCAAAAGCAUAUGCACCCCUCAGCCGGGUCCUUCUCCCUACGCAGUGAUAGUUCCACCCUGUCCCACUCACUGGAAGUCCGGAGCCGUGCUGGUGCAGACCUGAUGAUUCCAUUGGAUACCGUUCCUCUUACUUUAAAACGUUCUUGUCAGUUUUUCCCUUGUUGCCGUUUUCUAAAGUAUUCCAGACCUGUUAACUAUUUUGUCGCGUUUUCUGCUGCAGUACCUGUCUCCAGUCUCCUGAAACAGAACUCUUCCCAUCUCUUUUCUCUGGGUGUCAUUUGCUCAUCACCCUGACUUCGUAUUUUCAGUAACUUUUGUCAGUAUUUGGAGGGCCCAUUAUGUCUCUGAUAGCACCUGAGGUCAGAAGAAAAUCCUGCUUUUAAUCAUUUUGUACGUGCCUAUUAACUCAGUUAUCGGUAGGGUUUUAAUUACCAGUGUGUUACUGACGUUGCCAUCUUUGAUGUUUAGGGAUGGUGGUUUUACGUUAUAUAUUUAGGGUAACAGACUGUUUCAUGUGAUUUUUUAUUUUUAUUUUUGAGACGGAGUCUCGCUCUUGUCGCCUAGGCUGAAGUGCAGUGGGGCGAUCUCGGCUCAUUGCAACCUCCGCCUCCCGGGUUCAAGCGAUUCUCCUGCCUCAGCCUCGCGAGUAGCGAGUAGCGAGUAGCCGGGUUUACAGUCGCGCUUCACCACGCCCGGCUAAUUUUUGUAUUUUUAGUAGAGACGGGCUUUCACCGUGUUGGCCAGGCUAGUCUCAAACUCCUGACCCCAAGUGAUCCACCUGCCUCGGCCUCUCAAAGUGCUGGGAUUACAGCACUGUACAGGCGUGAGCCACCGCGCCCGGCCUCAGAUCGACUUUUUAGUAAAGAGCAAACUCAAACUUUGGUAUCAGAGUUUGAGCUUUAUUUUUCUUAUGAGUUUGAAAUCAAUUUAAUAUUUCUCUCCAAUUCCCUAAUGUCUCAGAAAUCAAUUUACAAUAUGCCUUUGCUUUUUCGUAUUCUUAAGUAGUGUUUGGAUUUUUAUUUUAAGUAGUUGCAGUACUACUAAAUAGGGAGUGGGGAGUUAAUUACAAAACGAAUCAGGUGAGUAGUUAAUUCAUUCAUAGUUUGUUUUUUUAAAACUACAAAUUUUUUUUUUUUUUUUUUUUUCUGCACGUCAUACAGAGGUAUAUAGUAUAGAGUAACACAGUACUUGUUUCAAGGUACCACAAAGUUCCAUUUCUCAGUCUUAAAUCUCUGUAACUAGCCUUUGUGGUUGCUCUGUAUCAUUCCAGAUAUUUCCAUGUUUUAGUUUAGUUUUUGUUUCUUAAAUGAAGGGGGGAAAGUUGUUUUAAUGGGGUGUCAACACAACAUUGGCAAUCAGUAAACAUUUUUUAACUAAAUUAAAUUUUUAUUUAGUGAUAUGUGCCUGUUUGUCAAGACUCAUGUAUGCAUACUUAGAUAAAAAGCAGAUUUUUUUGUUUGUACUGAUUUUUUUGGUAGUAUAAUCUUGUGAAAAUAUCACAAGUGACUUAUUUUUGCAGUAAAGUUGAUUUAUUGUGCUUAGUAGCUUUGCACAGAAAGUACAUGUAAAACAAUAUUUAAAUAAAUAAAUGUUUUAUCACUUGAGUUUUAUAUUUUUAUGUUUAAUGUUUGUUACAUAUUUAACUUUAUAUAUUAUAUAUUCUAAACAGUAACCUAACUAUAUGGGAGUUUUUCAGACGUUUUAAAAGCUUAUCAGUGUGAUUAAAAUGGUAGUUCUGACCCUGCAAUUUAGUGAUCUCAAUUGGAGAGUGUUAGACAUAUCAGUAGUUCAUAGAAACAAAGGUAUAUAUACUUGAAGUUGCUAAGCGGCUUUCAUUUUGUAAGUGUUGUUUUUGUAAUUUCCCCCUUAAACCUACCAGUAAUAAUAUUUAUCAGACCAGUCACAUAAGAAAAGUGUCCACUCUUUGGGCAAUGUGGUUUUUUGUUGUAACAGUGCAGCUAGAAAUGUUGAGGAAUAGAGGUGAGCAUUGAGAGAGAUGAUGUUGGAAAGAGGAAAAGGGGACGUUGGGAGUGUAGAGGUUGAUGUUGAAAUGGAAUUGGACAAGUUGGGGAGAAAAGAGGAAUGUAGAAGGUUGACAGUGAGUCAAGAGCCGUGGUCCAAGAAUAAGUUAGCCUCAUAAUAGUUGGAGGACAGCCGAGUCCGUAUUUGAGGCAACUUUCUCCUCCUAUUUUUUUUAGUCAGUUCUGGGUCCGUUCACAGAAUUGCUAGAUAUUUCCUGUCAUAAAAGUCAGCAGCUUAAGGUGAUACUUAAUUGAAACCUUGUGAAUUCUUUACUUUAGAUAAAGCUAUUCUGUUAAAUAACGUUUGUUAAGUACAUUUUAUUAUUAUUUUUAGAAGUAGAAAAUUGUGAAAGUGACAAUGAGUUUGAAGGUCACAGUUCUACAGUGGCCUUUGCAAAGGUAUCUGCAUAAAUUUAGCUUGGUAACUCGGCCUUUAAUAGUCCACGUACAUCUGAUCUAUGAAAUAAUAUAUGUUCCUUGUUCUUAGGACUUUUGUUUUAUAAACUUUUCAGUAGUGGGUCUUGGGAAUUACCAGUCUUUUACAGACAUGAAAUUAUUUGUACUUGGUAGAAAUAUACUGAGAAAAAUCCAAGGAAGAGGAAAAAUGUGUUUUUACAUGGUUUGUUUUUGCUUGAGUAAAAUUUAAAUAACCAAGAAAUUUAAUUUUCAUUUUUCUCAAUUAUUACAGUCAUAUAAAUGAUGAGAGCUAAUGAACUUCAGUGAUCGGAGGAAAUUAGUAACAGUGAUAAUAUAAUACUGAUUCGUUCUCACUUGAAUUUUUUCCUUAAGGUCUGACACCAUGCCUGUUUCCACAAACCUGUAACUUUAAGUUGCCUUAAGCUGGCCUGGUGGCUCACGCCUGCAAUACCAGCACUUUGGGAGGCUGAGGUGGGAGGAUUGCUUGAGACCAGCAACAACAUAGUCAGACCACAUUUCUACCAAAAAAAACAACAACAACAAAAAAAACUGGGCGUGGUAGUGCAUGCCUGUAGUACCAGCUACUUGGGAGGCUGAGAUGGGAGGAUCACUUGAGCCCAGAAGGUUGAGACCGCAGUGAACUGUGAUUGCACCAUUGCACUCCAGCCUGGGCAACAGAGUGAGACCAUGGGUCAAAAAUAAAAUAAAAACACCUAAAUUUCAUAUGAAAAUUCAGUUUGGAGUUGCCUACAAGGAAUAGUUGCUAGAAGAGUUUCAUUUUUAUAGUAGUAUUUACUAGAGAUUUGGUGUAUACUCUGGUGCAAAUUUCUGUCGUUAAUGCUCUGAUGACUACUAUAAUUGUACUCUGAAAACCACUCUCAGUAAAUAUUUCCCAAAGUCCAAAGUCUUGACUUGAUGAUUUUGUUUGACCCUUUGCUUUUCACUUUUUCUGUUUUUCUUUUCAGCCGAUCUUUCUCAUUUAUGUAGGUAAUUUUUGUCUUACUAGAGAGGACUGAGUGAGUAACUUGCCCUGAGGAGACUAUCACUUUGUGAUUAAUCAAACUAUUCAGAUUUUUCUGGUUACAAUAAUGCUAGUAAGAAAAGCCAGAUUUAAGUAACUCUGAGUGUGAAAAAAUAAUAAAUACUUGAAAAAAAAAAGUGUGUCCUGUGCUUGAAGAACACCUACAGAGAAUUGAAGAUGAACAAUUCGAUGUGAUGUAAUUUCCUUCUAUCUUGGGUUAUGAUAUCAAGUUGUUCUAGUACGACCAUAUAAAUAAAUAAUACCUGAAGUCUCAGUGUAACAUGGACAAUUAACAGUGAUGACAGAUAAAUACAGACGCGUGGGGAUCAAAUACUAGGCGAAACGCUUUUUAAAAGAAAGAAAUUUAGGAGGUUCUAGUAUUCUCCAUGACUGAAGCUGAGAGAAUCUGAAACCCUGAUGCUUAAGCUCCAUUCUAGAUCAUAGCUCCAACUCCUUCAGGAUAUAAGGAAAAGAGAUUAUAUUUCCACAAUGAUAGAUCUUUGGUUGUACAGGUUUCCCAAUGAGUGGAUCAUGAUGACCGUAUUGUAGGGACUUGCCAUAGUAUGGCUGCUUCCCGAUCUACUCGUGUUACAAGAUCAACAGUGGGGUUAAACGGCUUGGAUGAAUCUUUUUGUGGUAGAACUUUAAGGAAUCGUAGCAUUGCGCAUCCUGAAGAAAUCUCUUCUAAUUCUCAAGUACGAUCAAGAUCACCAAAGAAGAGACCAGAGCCUGUGCCAAUUCAGAAAGGAAAUAAUAAUGGGAGAACCACUGAUUUAAAACAGCAGAGUACCCGAGAAUCAUGGGUAAGCCCUAGGAAAAGAGGACUUUCUUCUUCAGAAAAGGAUAACAUAGAAAGGCAGGCUAUAGAAAAUUGUGAGAGAAGGCAAACAGAACCUGUUUCACCAGUUUUAAAAAGAAUUAAGCGUUGUCUUAGAUCUGAAGCACCAAACAGUUCAGAAGAAGAUUCACCUAUAAAAUCAGACAAGGAGUCAGUAGAACAGAGGAGUACAGUAGUGGACAAUGAUGCAGAUUUUCAAGGGACUAAACGAGCUUGUCGAUGUCUUAUACUGGAUGAUUGUGAGAAAAGGGAAAUUAAAAAGGUGAAUGUCAGUGAGGAAGGGCCACUUAAUUCUGCAGUAGUUGAAGAAAUCACAGGCUAUUUGGCUGUCAAUGGUGUCGAUGACAGUGAUUCAGCUGUUAUAAACUGUGAUGACUGUCAGCCUGAUGGGAACACUAAACAAAAUAGCCUUGAUUCCUAUGUGUUACAGGAAAAAUCAGUAGCUGAAAAUGGGGAUUUGGAUACCCAAACUUCAAUGUUCCUUGAUAGUAGGAAGGAGGACAGUUAUAUAGACCAUAACGUGCCUUGCACAAAUUCACAAGUGCAGGUCAAGUUGGAGGACCACAAAAUAGUAACUGCCUGCCUGCCUGUGGAACAUGUUAAUCAGCUGACUACUGAGCCAGCUGCAGGGCCCUUUUCUGAAACUCAGUCAUCUUUAAGGGAUUCUGAGGAGGAAGUAGAUGUGGUGGGAGAUAGCAGUGCCUCAAAAGAGCAGUGUAAAGAAAACACCAGUAACAACCUGGACACAAGUCUUGAGAGUAUGCCAGCCUCCGGAGAACCUGAACCAUCUUCUGUUCUAGACUGUGUUUCAGCUCAAAUGAUGUCUUUAUCAGAACCUCAAGAACAUCGUUAUACUCUGAGAACCUCACCACGAAGGGCAGCCCCUACCAGAGGUAGUCCUACUAAAAACAGUUCUCCUUACAGAGAAAAUGGACAAUUUGAGGAGAAUAAUCUUAGUCCUAAUGAAACAAAUGCAACUGUUAGUGAUAAUGUAAGUCAGUCUCCCACAAAUCCUGGUGAAAUUUCUCAAAAUGAAGAAGGGAUAUGUUGUGACUCUCAAAAUUGUGGAAGUGAAGGACUAAGUAAACUGCCCUCAGAGGCAAGACUCAAUAUUGGACAUUUGCCAUCUGCCAAAGAGAGUGCCAGUCAGCACAUUACAGAAGAGGAAGAUGAUGAUCCUGAUGUUUAUUACUUUGAAUCAGAUCAUGUGGCACUGAAACACAACAAAGAUUAUCAGAGACUACUGCAGACGAUUGCUGUACUCGAGGCUCAGCGUUCUCAAGCAGUCCAAGAUCUUGAAAGUUUAGGCAGACACCAGAGAGAAGCACUAAAAAAUCCCAUUGGAUUUGUGGAAAAACUCCAGAAGAAGGCUGAUAUAGGGCUUCCGUAUCCACAGAGAGUUGUUCAGUUGCCUGAGAUCGUAUGGGACCAAUAUACCCAUAGCCUUGGGAACUUUGAAAGAGAAUUUAAAAAUCGUAAAAGACAUACUAGAAGAGUUAAGCUAGUUUUUGAUAAAGUAGGUUUACCUGCUAGACCAAAAAGUCCUUUAGAUCCUAAGAAGGAUGGAGAGUCCCUUUCAUAUUCUAUGUUGCCUUUGAGUGAUGGUCCAGAAGGCUCAAGCAGUCGUCCUCAGAUGAUAAGAGGACGCCUGUGUGAUGAUACCAAACCUGAAACAUUUAAUCAAUUGUGGACUGUUGAAGAACAGAAAAAGCUGGAACAGCUACUCAUCAAAUACCCUCCUGAAGAAGUAGAAUCUCGACGGUGGCAGAAGAUAGCAGAUGAAUUGGGCAACAGGACAGCAAAACAGGUUGCCAGCCGAGUACAGAAGUAUUUCAUAAAGCUAACGAAAGCUGGCAUUCCAGUACCAGGCAGAACACCAAACUUAUAUAUAUACUCCAAAAAGUCUUCAACAAGCAGACGACAGCACCCUCUUAAUAAGCAUCUCUUUAAGCCUUCCACUUUCAUGACUUCCCAUGAACCACCAGUGUAUAUGGAUGAAGAUGAUGACCGAUCUUGUUUUCAUAGCCACAUGAGCACUGCUGUUGAAGAUGCAUCAGAUGACGAAAGUAUUCCUAUCAUGUAUAGGAAUUUACCUGAAUAUAAAGAACUAUUACAGUUUAAAAAGUUAAAGAAGCAGAAACUUCAGCAAAUGCAAGCUGAAAGUGGAUUUGUGCAACAUGUGGGCUUUAAGUGUGAUAACUGUGGCAUAGAACCCAUCCAGGGUGUUCGAUGGCAUUGCCAGGAUUGUCCUCCAGAAAUGUCUUUGGAUUUCUGUGAUUCUUGUUCAGACUGCCUACAUGAAACAGAUAUUCACAAGGAAGAUCACCAAUUAGAACCUAUUUACAGGUCAGAGACAUUCUUAGACAGAGACUACUGUGUGUCUCAGGGCACCAGUUAUAAUUACCUUGACCCAAACUACUUUCCAGCAAACAGAUGACAUGGAAGAGAACAUCAUUUACUAGUCCUCUUCAACACAUAGCAAUGGUAUCAUUGUUAAUUAUGUGCACAGUUUGGAAAGAUUCUCUGCUUUCCCAGAAAUGACACUCACAGCAUGAGAGCUUCCUGAGUGUUCUCGUCAAGUACAGCUCUGCACCGUUGUGGCUCUAGAUCACUGUUCAGCAGCUGAACAUUCCUGGUGAGCAAAGGGUUUCCCUGGUGAAUUUUUCACCACCGCAUUUUAGGUGGUGAUCUUAAAUGGGUGAGAUGGAACGAGAGCACACAUUAAAGAGAGAGUAAAUUCCAAAGGUUUCAAAGAACUUGGUGAUAAAUAUGAUAAUGAGAAGACAAAGUAUUUAUAUUAAAACAGUUUAGUAGCCUUCAGUUUUGUGAAAAUAGUUUUCAGCACAGAAACUCACUUCUUUAGACAAAGUUUUAACCAAUGAUGGUGUUUGCUUCUAGGAUAUACACUUUAAAAGAACUCACUGUCCCAGUGUUGGUCAUUGAUGGCCUUUAGUAAAUUGGAGCUGCUUAAUCAUAUUGAUACCUAAUUUCUUUUAACCACAAUGAAUUGUCCUUAAUUACCAACAGUGAAGCACUACAGGAGGCAACUGUGGCACUGCUUCCUUAACCAGCUCAUGGUGUGUGAAUGUUAUAAAAUUGUCACUCAGAUAUAUUUUUUAAAUGUAAUGUUAUAUAAGAUGAUCAUGUGAUGUGUACAAACUAUGGUGAAAAGUGCCAGUGGUAGUAACUGUGUAAAGUCUCUAAUUCACAACAUUAAUUCCUUUAAAAUACACAGCCUUCUGCCUCUGUAUUUGGAGUUGUCAGUACAACUCAUCAAAGAAAACUGCCUAAUAUAAAAAUCAUAUAUAUGGUAAUAAUUUCCCUCUUUUGUAGUCUGCACAAGAUCCAUAAAAGAUUGUAUUUUUAUUACUAUUUAAACAAGUGAUUAAAUUUAGUCUGCGCAGUGAGCAAGAGUUCACAUGCAUUCUUUUAUACUGCUGGAUUUUGUUGUGCAUCAUUUAAAACAUUUUGUAUGUUUCUUCUUAUCUGUGUAUACAGUAUGUUCUUGAAUGAUGUUCAUUUGUCAGGAGAACUGUGAGAAAUAAACUAUGUGGAUACUGUCUGUUUAUAUUA